GAGUCCAUGUAUGUAAGCUAGCCUAGCGUCACCUGUGACACACGCUCAUUUUCACACGGCUCUAUCCACAGCAAACUCUCGCAGAGGCGUUUUCCCCAUCUUCCGCUCGAUAACAACUUGAAGCUGAAGGUCAAGGUGGAGGCCGUUAUUUGAUGUGAAAGGGUGUAGAUCUGUGCGCCUACAGAGAGAGCGAGAGAGAGUCUCCAGCCACACAAGAUGGAGUGCCAGUGGAAACCCGACGAGCAGGGACUUCAGCAGAUCUUACAGCUGCUCAAGGAAUCACAGUCCCCCGACACAUCCACGCAACGAUCCGUCCAACAAAAACUUGAGCAGCUCAAUCAAUACCCGGACUUCAACAACUACCUGAUAUUUGUGCUCACAAAGCUAAAGACAGAAGAUGAGGCCACUCGUUCUCUCAGUGGUCUCAUUUUGAAGAACAACGUUAAGGCCCAUUACCAGAACUUCCCAAACGGUGUGUCUGACUUCAUCAAAAAUGAGUGCCUGCAAAACAUUGGAGACUCCUCACCGCUCAUUAGAGCCACAGUGGGUAUUCUGAUCACAACUAUAGCUUCUAAAGGGGAGUUACAGAACUGGCCGGAGCUUCUACCUAAACUUUGUUUACAGCUGGACUCAGAGGACUAUAAUACUUGUGAAGGGGCUUUUGGAGCUCUGCAGAAGAUCUGUGAGGACUCCGCUGAGAUCCUGGACAGUGACAUGCUGGACCGACCACUCAACGUGAUGAUCCCCAAGUUUCUGCAGUUCUUCAAGCACAGUAGCCCCAAGAUCAGGUCUCAUGCCAUUGCCUGUGUGAACCAGUUCAUCAUCAGCAGAACACAGGCCCUGAUGUUGCACAUAGAUCCUUUCAUUGAGAACCUGUUUGCACUGGCAGGUGAUGAGGAGCCUGAAGUGAGGAAGAAUGUGUGUAGAGCUUUAGUCAUGCUCUUGGAAGUCAGAUUAGACCGUCUCCUUCCUCACAUGCACAACAUCAUUGAGUACAUGUUGCAGAGGACACAAGAUCAGGAUGAAAAUGUCGCUCUGGAGGCCUGUGAAUUUUGGCUCACACUUGCCGAGCAGCCUGUGUGUAAGGAGGUUCUGUGUGGACACCUGCCUAAAUUGACACCCGUUCUUGUGAAUGGAAUGAAGUACUCUGAGAUUGACAUAAUCCUGUUGAAGGGUGAUGUUGAGGAGGAUGAAGCAAUCCCGGACAAUGAGCAGGACAUUCGCCCCAGGUUCCAUCGCUCACGCACUGUGGCCCAACAACACGAGGGGGGAGACUCCAUUGAGGAAGAUGAUGAUGAAGAUGAUUUGGAUGAUGAUGAAACCAUCUCAGAUUGGAACUUGAGGAAAUGUUCUGCAGCUGCACUAGAUGUCCUGGCGAAUGUUUUCAGAGAUGAUUUGCUUUUGCAUAUUCUUCCUUUACUGAAAGAACUACUGUUCCAUCCAGAGUGGCUUAUUAAAGAGUCUGGCAUACUUGUACUGGGAGCCAUAGCUGAAGGCUGUAUGCAGGGGAUGAUCCCCUACUUGCCAGAGUUGAUUCCUCAUUUGGUACAGUGUCUGUCUGAUAAGAAGGCGCUGGUUCGAUCCAUCACUUGCUGGACUCUAAGCCGCUACACACACUGGGUUGUUAGCCAGCCCCCCGAUAUCUACCUCAAACCGCUCAUGACCGAACUGCUAAAACGGAUACUCGACAGCAACAAGCGUGUCCAAGAGGCCGCCUGCAGUGCCUUUGCUACCCUGGAAGAGGAGGCUUGCACUGAGCUGGUUCCAUACCUUGCUUAUAUUUUGGACACGUUGGUUUUUGCUUUUGGUAAAUACCAGCACAAGAACCUUCUCAUCCUCUAUGAUGCCAUUGGGACUCUGGCUGACUCUGUGGGCCACCAUCUCAACAAACCAGUAAUUGCACACAUGUCAAUGUGUGUACCUGAUAAUGAUUUAAAGAUCUUCAUCAUCAUUCUCUGUUCAAUCCUCUUUCAGUGUCUCUCAUCUGUGGCCACCGCCCUGCAGAGCGGCUUCCUGCCAUACUGUGAACCUGUCUACCAACGCUGUGUCAACCUGGUCCAGAAAACACUCGCCCAGGCCGUGCUCCACCAGACUCAGCCUGAGUUUUAUGAAGCUCCUGAUAAAGAUUUCAUGAUUGUGGCUCUGGAUCUGCUCAGCGGGUUAGCAGAGGGUCUUGGAGGGAACAUUGAACAGCUAGUUGCCCGUAGCAACAUUCUCACUCUCAUGUACCAGUGCAUGCAGGAUAAAAUGCCAGAGGUUCGGCAGAGUUCUUUUGCUCUGUUGGGAGAUCUGACCAAAGCCUGCUUCCAGCAUGUUAAACCUUGCAUCGCUAACCUCAUGCCUAUCCUAGGCACAAACUUGAACCCAGAGUUGAUAUCAGUCUGCAACAAUGCAACAUGGGCCAUUGGAGAAAUAUCCAUUCAAAUGGGUUCUGAGAUGCAGCCGUAUGUACCGAUGGUUUUACAGCAGCUUGUGGAGAUCAUAAACAGACCCAACACACCCAAGACACUUCUGGAGAAUACAGCAAUAACAAUUGGUCGUCUUGGUUACGUUUGUCCUCAAGAGGUGGCACCCAUGCUACAGCAGUUUAUAAGACCCUGGUGCACCUCUCUGCGCAAUAUAAGAGACAAUGAAGAAAAAGACUCUGCGUUCAGAGGAAUCUGCACCAUGAUCACGGUCAACCCUGGUGGUGUGGUGCAGUGUUGCACUCCUGACGUAGGAAAGUGCCUGGAGACAAGCUCUGAAAGCUUCUAA